AUGGAUCCUAGCACAAAAAAUCCAAACAAACGUUAUCAGAUGAGCAAAAAACUCAUUAGACAAUUAAAGUACGGAAUAUCAAAACAGUUAACACAUCUCAGCGAAGAAGAAAAGGUAGAACAAGAGCAGCUAGAUGUUAAAUGUCUGCAGCUUCUGCGAGCUAUGAUUUAUAACGAGGUGGUCAAGCUUCCAGAUGACUGGGAAGCGGAUAUAUCCGCCCAUCGGAAAAAACUGAAGGCUAUUUCUGACGUUCAGGAUGCCCUGAAUCAUUUCGAUGUUGUUAGCAGCGUCAUGAUACACCUGAAUCGUCCCCAAGAUGAUGUGGUCCGGGAAACUCUGUCCUUUAUAUGCAUGCUACUCUAUAAUGGAAACGAAAAUGUGCAGACAAAACUUUAUGAGUAUUUCACGGGUACCAGAGAAGAGUCGUUUUUCUUUACCUUAAAGGCUCGCAUGCAGAUGUCUGCCAUUGCUACACGAGAAAAACGGCUACUGCACGCGAUGUACCAGUCAAAGGUUGAUGAGGCAGUCCAACAGGCUAAAGUUUUACAGAAAGCCAUGGCAUCUGGAAAAAUGGCGCAUUUGGAAAUAUUGAAGGCCAAUAGGAUAGGAUCUAUGAUGUCUAUGGCAGAAACAUCAAUGGCACAAUUCGGUCCGGGAAAUAAUAUGCUUGCUUUGUCCGGAGCUUCUAGACCACCAUCGCAAUUCGGCUCCAAAGCUAAACUCGGUGGAGGUUUCAGUCGAGAGAACACAAUGAUGGGUAACCUUCUUCUUCAGCCUCCAACACUGAAUGUAAAUGACGUCCAGAAAUCCACACUUCAAGUAUACGGCAUUCCAAAUAGCUUCUCUAAUCCAAAAUCAAAGGUUGCACCCAUGGAAAAUACUCCUGAAAUUCAAAUCGAGAAAGUGGAUGAUGAAGAAUUAAAAGAGUUAAUGGGAGCCGCUAUGAGCAUGACUGGAGAUUUCACGUUCAGAGAUGACGGUUACAUAGAACUAGUACUUCGUAUGCUCGGAUUGAUGUGUGAUAACCAGCACUUUGAACUUCAGAAUUACAUACGAGAGCAAUAUGACAACAUCAAGUCAGUAAACCUGGUGGCAGAAACAACAAAGUUCCUCAACAUCCUAUACUCUAACAUCAACGAGAGAACCAUGCCGUUAGUGGUGCAGCUCUUUGACACAUUGGUGGAAUUUACAUCGGGCAAUAAGAAAAACCAGUCAGUAGUGUUUGAAAACAAGGUGUGUGAUUACAUCAACCACAUACUAAGGACAGACAAUUUCCCAGGCUGUGGGCUCAAAGAGAAGUAUAUUUUGAAAAGGUCUAUAGCAGUGCUUAUACGAUCUCUGAUUGAAGAAAAUUCCUCGGAUGAAGAUGAAGAAAUCAUGGCAAAGUACAAAGCCGAGGUAUCAGGCUUUAAGGUACAGGAAGUAAUGGAAUAUCUUGAUGAGGACCAUUGCGUCAACACAAUGACAAAAGCCUAUUUUGAGAUCAUGAAUGAUCGCAGAGAAUUUGAGGAACACUAUGAUUUGAUCGAGAGUACAGGAUUCGCUUACUUUCAUAUUCUGUGCCGUGAAAUGGAUAUGGACCCAAGUUUAGACUUGUUAAAAACAGAAAAACAGAAAGCGGCUUGGGCUUACUAUGCAGCCAGUAGUUUGUCCAUCGAGAUUGUGAAAGAUGAUGCCUUGCAGAAAGUUUAUUUUCGAGUCAAAGAUAAGACAGUGCUUAGAGAAGAGAUCAAAGAAAAGUUUAAGUACGAGGUGGACAGAACGUCCCCAAGGAACAAAAUAAGGGAUUUAAUGGACUGGGCCAGCGAUAUUAUUCAGGACAUCAAAUAUCAACGAAAGAUCCACUCCAAUAUUGUGGGAAGGAUAUUACUCAAGAUGUGGCUUCCCAUGAACUUUAUCGUCCUCCUUUUGAGUUUCAUCAUUAGCUCUGUCAUCAUGGUGACGUGGAGAGACCCCAAAAACGCGAAUGGAACCUCCAACACGGGAAGCAUAGUCCCGGAAUUUACCGUAAAUAGCAAUACGUACUAUAUGUUUUUGUACAUAUUCGGAGGAAUGCACAACUUCCUUAGCCUGUGUAUGUUGGUGACCUUUUUAAUUUCUAACCAACCUACGUUCCCGCCAUACAACUGGCUCAAAAAGAAAUUGUCGUCUAAUGAUGACGAUGAUGAUGACGUCAGAUCAUGGCAUGAAAAGAAAGACCAGUCACAUCUUAAGUUUGAAAUUUACAACAUAUACACAGUUUAUUAUUUCCUGUUUUUCGUGUGCUCCAUUCUAGGCACCAUUUACUACGGGUAUUUCUUUUCAUUCCACUUGCUUCAUUUGGCUGAAUUAAAUCCGCUACUGAAGAGAGUCAGACUGGCUGUUACCACCAAUGGUAAAGCAUUGUUGAUGGUUGCCCUUCUUGGCUUGGCUUUAUUUUUUUGCUACUCAUUGGUGGCCUUUGCUGUGUUACGAGAGUCCUUCUUCCAGGAAUCGAACGGACGCCAUUGUCGAACAGUUUACCAGUGUUUUAUCACCAUGAUUCACCAUGGCUUCGUUGACACACCUUAUACGACCUUUGAAGGUUUAAUGACGUCUGACUAUACUGAUGUCAUCAUAGUGACGGUAUUUGAUGUGACGUUCUUCAUCCUAAUCACCACUAUCGUGCUGAAUAUCGUCUUUGGUAUCAUAGUGGACACUUUCGCACAGCUUCGAGAUGCCAAGUGGGAGAUUGAUAAAAAUAUGAUGAAUAACUGCUUCAUCUGCAGCAGGGAAUCCUACGAAUUUGAAAGACAUGGCGGGGGUUUUGAAAAACACGUGAAAACGGAACAUCACCAGUGGUCCUAUCUGUUCUUCUUCAUCCAUCUGACGGAGAUCCGCCCUAACGAUUUCUCCACCCUGGAGCUGUUUGUUUAUAACCAGCUUGAGAGGCACAAUUAUGAUUUCUUCCCCCUGAAUCGAGCGCUAAGUCUACAAAACAAGGAGGACUCGAACGAACGAAAAGUGGAGAUUUUAUGUAUUCAAGUUGAUUACAUUGUCAACAAAAUGAAGGAAGAGGCUGCAGAAAAGGAAAGACAGAAAGAGAAGCAACGCCAGCUGGCCUGGGAGGCGGAGCAUAAGGCUCCAGCGACCAAUACGGUGACUCGAAAGUCUAAGCAGAGGUAACCAAUGAAAAAAUCAGUUACAAGAAACCAAUAAAAGAAAUCUUUACAAGAACAUUCAAAAGUAACAAUGAAACGAUCUUCUCCAACUAAAGAACUCCAUAUGCAGGAACUAAUGGAAAGGAUAUUCUAUUUAAGGACACAUUCCAGGAUUAUGUAGUGUCAGAAAAAGAGAUGAAAGAACUAUAUGCGGUAUAUUGCAUAUAUUUGCCCCCACAAAAGUCAAAUUUUGAAAACUUCCUGAAAUGUGCUGAAUUCAAUUAAUUGUAUGAGAAAUAUAAAUUAACAGAAAAUAUUAUAGUGUCAAAGCAGUGUAUUCACAAUUUUUGUUUUUAUGACGUCAGUAACUAGUCCGAUUUUAUAUCCUUUUUCAGAAAGAGGACAAAAUGGACAAAAUUUCAACAAUUUUAGCUUUAAAAUUUAUAGAGCGCAAGUUUCUUCAGGAACAAUAUUGACAUAUUUCAUUGAUAUUAUCAUUCUACACAUUAUAUCAAAAUAUUGAUCCUUAACACACAUGCGCUCGGUGACUUUUACUCAAAAUAUCGACGAAAUGUGUACAUUUUUCUGUAAAAUUCAUAAAAAACUGAAAUCAACGUCAUGUUUGUGACGUCAUUACUUACAUAUGGCGUCAUUACUGAAGACAAUAUUCAGUGCUUUGAAGUCAGCAUAUACUCCCCUGUUUAAGAACUUAAUUAAAUAUAUCUCCAUCAAAGUUUGAUUUGGGGGGCAAAUAUUGGUUAUUACCGAAUAAAGUUCUUUCAAUUUAAAUUAAAAUAUAUAUACAUGUACACAUUCAUGUAAUCUACCCACAGAUAGUGUCUAAUGGAAUUCUGAAAGAUCUCUAAAGGGGAGAAUGAAUAGAGUGAAGUAAACACCAGGAAUUAUAUGAAAUGUUAUCUGGUUUUAUUUGUUCUAUAAGAACACAUUUGUUGUUAUUUUAUUUCGUUAUUCUAAUGCUUUCUUAAUAUAUUGUCAACACAA